CUGCGCCGAUUUUGAAUGUCAAAACCUCCCUUAGGCUCUGCCAAUACUGAAUAUUCUAUUGAUGUGAACUCAUUCAGAGACGGAAAGCUCUCCAUCGAGCAACAAAUUGAAAUUUAUGUGCAUGACCUCUUCAAUGUGCAAGACAACAAGGACAUCUCCCUUGAUGAGGUGUUAGCCGGCAUCCGAUAUGUCCUGGACUUCCGUAUCAAAGGAGGCCGCCAAGACCAUCUGGAACCAGAGCUUAUGAAGAGACUUUGUGAAGGUUUAUUGCUAUGCACCGGCAUCACGAAUGGGCAUUUUCUCCGAAAAACCACAACUGAGGACGCUGAUACAGCAUUUUUCCUGUUUGGCGAGUUCCUUGAAGAAGUUGAGGAAUUCCGAGUUGCUGUUGGUGAGAAGCCUGCAUUUGACUUACAGCAGUCACUCAAGAUCCACCACAGAUGUCAACCUUCUUCCACAAAUGAACAGAAGCAAGCGGCGAUCGGCAUGAUUCACCUCCUGACCACACUUUUCCCCCAGUUCCAUGACUGGCGUGAUUUGGUCAAAGAGCGUGAACAAGGCGAUAUGGAGGUUUUGCUAUCAUCCGAAUUAGCAAAGGAUAUUGAGAAGAAAGAGGUUGCGAAGAUGCCUCAGUCGUCAGCUCCUCUAUUGCCUCCCCCUUCUCUCUAUUUCGAUAAGAGUGUUAAGAAACUUCUGAAGAUGUUUCCAAAUACAGAUCCUGAUAAGGGACUUCCAUCCGACGUGGUACCGCUGUUACGAGAACAGUUUGGCCAGAAUAAGUUGCCAGAACCUCCCAAACCUAGUGCUUUGAAAAUGAUUUGGACUCAAUUGACUGACUUUAUGGUCAUCAUUUUGAUCAUUGCUUGUAUUGUUGAAGCUGCUGAACAAGAAUUCAAUAGCAUGGCUGUGCUUUUGGUGGUGAUUGUCUUGAAUACUGUUAUCGGGUUUACCCAAGAAUGGAAGGCUAGCAAAACUUUGGAAGCUUUGAUGCAUCUGAGUACCCCGCAGGCUACCGUUAUUCGUGACGGCGUACAGCAAACUUUCAGUGCAGCUGAUGUUGUUCCUGGUGACUUGGUUGUGCUCGACGAAGGUGAAGGUAUUCCAGCAGAUCUUCGUUUGAUUGAAGUGUCUCAAUUCGAAGCAGAAGAGAGUAUCUUGACUGGUGAAAGUGUACCCGUGGCCAAAACAACUGAUGCUAUUAAGGCUAAAGUCAGGAAGAUACCGUUGGGAGACUGUAAAGGAAAUGCAUUUAUGUCUACGGUAGUUGCCAAGGGCCGUGCAAAAGGUAUCGCUGUGCGAACUGGUGAACAAACAGAAAUUGGAAAAAUUAGCUCGGCUAUCAAUGCCAGCUCCAAGACCAAGGUUAAGACCCCUAUUCAAAGAAAGCUCUCUCGCCUUGGAAAAUAUCUGGUCCUCAUCGCAAUCGUUCUCUGUGUGCUUGUCGUGGUUAUCGGUAUUGCAUGGAAGAAGGAAGCUAGGGCUAUGGUGAACGUCGGGUUGAGUUUGGCUGUAUCUGUUAUCCCGGAAGGUCUUGUCGCUGUCACUACAGUCACCAUGGCACUCGGUGUCAGACGAAUGGCAGCAUCUCAAUGCGUUGUCAGGACACUCCCUGCUGUUGAAACAUUAGGUAGUGUAACAGUAGUCUGCUCAGAUAAGACUGGUACAUUGACAGAGGGAAAGAUGAGAACCACACAGCUAUGGACAUCUGAUAACUCGUUAUAUAAUUUCACCAAUGGAGCCUCCUUGGAUCCAAAGGAAGGGUCAAUAUCAGUCGAGCCUAGUGAGCUCCGCAAGCGGAUGAUUCACAUUCACCGAAGUACCAAGGAAGAGAUAGAACGAACCCCAACUCCCACAACUGCAGCUGACUAUGCAGCAAUGAAGCCACAUGUUAUACCAAGAAAUGAUGAUAACCACAUUAAAGCAAACUCCAACAUGUUAUAUAGCAUUUUGGUAGCUUCAUUAUGUAAUAACUCCAGUAUCCGCCAAUCCGAAGAAAACAACGAAUGGAUCUCCGUUGGUGAUCCAACCGAAGUUGCUCUUCUUGCAGCAGCAAAUCAAGCCGGUUUAAAUAGAGAGUAUCUUCUCGAGACAUUAGGAUUGAAGAAGAUUUUUGAGCGUGCAUUUGACAGUGAACGCAAGCUGAUGAGCUCGGUCUACACACUCAAAGGCCAAGAAGACGGCGAAUUUGUUUUGUGCAAAGGUGCUCCUGAAGAACUUCUCAGCAAUUGCUCACAUUAUGCCGUUGCCUCAGCAGAUAACAAAAGUAUGAACCAAGAAUUUCUAACGGAAAAUAUAACCACCUCUCCUGUAGACGAUGUCUUUGCCACUCAUGUCUCAGAUGAGAAUUCAGCUAUGGCUCAAAAAGGUUUACGAGUUCUAGGUUUUGCUAUCAAAAAAGUGAGGUCUACUGGAAAGACAUCCCCUGAAGAUGAGCCAGCUUGGAAGGAAGAUAACUUGGUCUUUUUGGGACUUGUUGGUCUAAUCGAUCCGCCCAAGAAGGGAGUUUCGGACUCUGUUGCCAUUUGUCAAAAGGCUGGUGUCGAUGUUAUCAUGAUCACCGGCGAUCAUGUUGAAACUGCCACAGCCAUUGCCACGCAACUCGGGAUCAUUCGUCCUAAUGUCCCUGGUAUGAGCCGAGCCAUUCUUGGAAGAGAACUGGAUUUGCUUUCUGACGAUGCAAUUGUUGAACUGAACCCGUUCCCAAAUGUAUUUGCUCGAGUCAGCCCUGACAACAAGUUGAAAAUUGUGACCGCCUUACAAAAACGUGGAGAAUUAGUUGCUAUGACUGGCGAUGGUGUCAAUGAUGCUCCUGCUAUCAAACAGGCUGAUGUCGGUGUCGCUAUGGGAAUGGCCGGAACCGAAAUCACCAAACAAGCCGCUGAUAUUGUGCUGGUUAAUGACAACUUUUCUACCAUUGUUGCUGCUGUCGAAGAAGGUCGCCAUGUAUUUGACAAUAUUCUCAAAUUCAUUGUUUACCUUUUGAGCUGUAACGGAGCCGAAAUUUUCCUCAUGUUGAUUUGUACCGCUGCCGAUAUCGAAACGCCUCUGACGGUCAUGAUGAUUCUAUGGGCAAACAUUAUUGCUGAUAUCCCACCUGCCAUGGCACUUGGUGUUGAACCGCAAGAAGUUGGCCUAAUGUCAAGACCUCCUCGCAAUCCAAAGGCCGGUGUCCUCAACCGUGUUACUUGGUCCGUAAUUGGACUUCAAGCCUUACUUAUGGCGGCCCUCACAAUUGCUGCAUAUACGAUUGCAAUAUAUGUUGAGCAUUAUCCAGUUGCGGAUGCUAGGUCCCUAGCCUUUGCCUGUUUGACGACCAUCCAACUUUUGCACGGUCUAUUGUCCCGCACUAUCAGUCGCUCUGUGUUUGAGACAGGUAUUUUCGGUAACAAAUGGAUGAUUGGUGCUCUCGUUUUGUCUUACGGAUUCAUGCUGAUGGGUAUCUAUUGCCCUGGACUGAAUGAUUGGUUGGAGCUUACACCGGUGAGCGGUUGGUCGUGGAUUAAGAUCGUCGUUUGCGCCGUCGUCCAUGCCAUCUGUGUUGAAACUGGAAAAUUAUUACUCAGAUAUUUUGGUGGAUCCAUCUAAUAAGAUCAAUGUACUUGAUAUUCAUUCGCUGAUAAUAUAAAAAGAUUUACUCAUUUUGAAGUAUUGAGCUAUGAUAAAAUUGUAGGUUGUAAUUCGCUUUAGAUACUUCGCCUAUACAAGCCCCACAUUAGUUUUGAACCGA